AUGGACCAAAACACCCAGCUCAACAUGUUCAAUUCGCUCAGGCAUAUUUCGGAGAGGUUCCCGAACAUGCAUGGAAAUGAGUUACAGCACAGGGUGUUCAGGGACUACGUGAUCUCGCAGCAGGACGUGACUCUCCGCCUCAUCGACGAGCAGGGGGAGGAGACGCUGACCCGGCACAGGGUGAACAAGCGCGACCAUCAGGCGGUGAGGGAGCAGUACGUUCAGAAUGUGUUGACCCAGGGCGUGGUGGUUGGAGUUCGGGGGCAGCCUUGGGCGGUUCCGAAUGAUCGAGUGUCGCCUGGUGGGGUCCAGCACCACGGCCUUAUCUCCUGUGCGACCCUGACAGAAUCACUCUACGAGGCCCGCAGGCGGGAUCCGGGCAACAGGUUCGUUGUGCAGACGAUUCGAGACGGGCUUCCCAACGCGAAGAUUUUUCAUCCGAGAACGCCAGAUGACGUCUUAUACUACUUAAGGUCCCUUCACAACCAAUUCCAUCGGGGCGCUGGUACCUCGCACUUGGAGUUGUACGAGAAAGUUCCAGCCAUUGAGGCAGGCUGGUCAGAGCAUACCCGCAAGAACCACUUGACAUCGAGAGGGUGCGCUGCCAUCGGGAAAUCGUGGGAUAAGUGCUACGAGGAAUUUCUCAAUGAGAACUUCACUGGGCUCUUCAAAAAGUACAACCACUUCAAGUGCGCGAAGAUCUUCCUGCACGGCAUGGAGAAGCUCAGCAUCAUGCAGGCCUACAUCCAAGAUUGUAAUGCGAAGGUCAACUUCGCGAAUCCCAAGUUCUCCGUGGAAGGGGCCCUGGUAAUCAACCGCGACGUGUACGUCACGAUCUACGAGGGCUUCGUGGACACCGUGCCCGCGGAUCACUUGAAGGUGAUGCUGCUGGAGGCCCUGAAGUUCGUCGUUCCGAUCGCGGAUGCGGGCGACAGCGUCGACGAGGAUACUCGCUGGGUGUUUGAAGGUGGAGCGAAGCCAGAUGCCUUGAAAGCUCUUAAAUGCCCAAUGGGAGGCUCUGUGGUUUUCAAAAGUGGCCAGAAGUCGCAUCAGAAGGAGAUGAGGAAGAAAGAGGAGAAGGGCAGCAAGGGCCAGGGCAAGGGCAAGGGAAAGAAAGGUAAAAAGAACAAGGACGAUGGCAAGACAGUGAAGAGGUCGUCGCCAGUGAAGCCAGGCGCAGCCAAGGGUCUGAAAAAGUCGAUCGCCAAGAUGCUAUCGAGCCCGAAGUCCCCUUCAAAGAAGAAUAAGAAGGCCGAGGCGCCGGAGGCACAGGGCUCAGCUCAGGGCUCCAGCUCAGCCGAUGCUCCGCCGCCUCAGCCCGACGUGGGCAAGGGCAGGGGCAGGGGCAGGGGCAGGGGCAACAGCGGAAAGGGUGAGGCCCCACCCGCCGAGGCCGUGGACAUGACGGAGUCUUGGGAGACAACCGCCGCCAUCAUUCCGAGGACGCCUCCGGCGCGUCCUGACCCGACCGCAUCAGAUGAUGAUGUGGCUGGUGAUGCAAUCAUCGCGCCUGUCCCUACCCCUGACGUGACAUCGCGGGAGAAGCUUUUCCUGGACGACCUCUACUCUGCAAUUUCCAGCGUGGUCCGCAAGGUUCCGGAUGAUAAGGUGAAGUUUGACAGCAUCAAGUGGGCGUACUCGCAGGGUAUCUUCUUCGGCCUGUCGAAAAAGGUGAUGGAUGGUGCUGUAGCUGCGUGUCCACAGCUCUACGGUGCAACGUUGUGGUCGCACGUUCGCGCGGCUCUGAGGUCGAAGGUUGCCGCCGAUCACGCAGGCAUUCCAGGAGUCGAUGCAGUUGCGGCAUCCAACAUCGCUACCUCGAUCAACUGUACCUUACAGAGGGUCGUGGACGAGAAAUCGGAGAUGACAAAAAUCAAGAUGGCCGCGCUCGACCGUCUUUGGGAUGAUGCGCAGAUGGUUGCUGAUUUGUCGAUGUUCCUCCUUAAGAACGACGUGGCCAUGCCAGUCACCAUGCAGCCCGCGUUCCAGGAGAUCAAUACGGCGAUAUUCACAUCUAUUCGCAAGGAGUCUCCCAAGGAAGGUUUGGACAUUGACGCUGUCGUCAAGUCGAUGCAGAAAUACAUGAAAAACCAUGCCAUCUUCAAUCGCCGCGACCUCAUCGUGCCCGUGCUUCAUGAUCUGUUUGAGAACUGGUCUCUUUCCGUCCCGCAGCGCUUGCAGCCGAUCUUCCCGGAUGCGGUUACUAUCAAGAGCUUCUGCAGGAGAAGCUCUGCUCUGCACUGCGACCUGAUAUCAACGACGCUCUUGUCCAAUGGCGUGCCCGCCAGGUUCCGCGUGGAGUACGUCAUGGGAAUCUUGAACACACUUUGCACUGGCAGCACCAAGGUUGUCAAGCAUCCAUUCCUCACGCAGCUCGCCAUGAUAUCUGACAUCGUCGAGGUUGUGUCGCACGUCGACGUCCAUCUCCUGCACGACACUGACAACGCAGUCCUCGAUUGGGAGAGGUUCUGGGCGGAACUGCUGGCGACUGCAUCCCAGGAAGCUUCCACGCCAUCUACGCUGUCGGCAUUUGUCCAGAGUCGCCUGGAUUCCAUCCUGGACCACAACAAGAAGCAGAACUCUACCAAGCUCGGAGAGCAGCAGGUCGUCAACCAGCCUGGGUCACAGAAGGACGAUCAACCGACCGAGACGACCCAGGAGACGAAGGAGGCUAAGUUGAAGGAGGCGAUCCUGGCGACUCGUCAGCCCAUGGAGGCAGUGAUGACCGACAUCGUCAACAUGUGGGGCGGCCUCGCUACGGACCAUGAGGAGGAAGAGAAGAAACCAUUGGUGGAGGACCACCACCGCAUGCGCUUCCUCGAGGUGUGUCUGGAGGCGAUCUCCCGGGACAUCCACAAGGCGGCGCUGGACCUCUACACAAACACGGCAGACAACGGUCUCGACGGUGUCUACGUGGACCCAAUCUGCUGCGGGAGCGGCGCAUGGUGCGUCCAGGCAAGCCGUUCCGUUCGCAUGAACUUCAUUGGCCCCCUUAGCCUGAUACCGUCUGUGGGCUCUAUCAAGAUCGCUGAGGUGGACGGCAUGGGAGUCUACGUGCGCUGCAAGAUCAACAUUUCGCCAAACAAGGGAGGCGCCUACAUCAACGAAUACGUCGCGCCAGCCUGGUUGGUGCGGCCAGUGAAGGCGACGUGCGACGGGGAGCCCGUGGAGGUGCCUACAAUGAGCAUCGCGCACAAGACUAUUCAGGUCGAUGUCAAGUACUCCAAAGCAAUGCUCUCACCUCCUUUGUCGGUGAAGAUCCCUGUUAAGCUCUUCUACAUGACAGUACUUCCAGGCUUCUAUGACAAGUGCGUCGAGCUGACGCGGCCGUGGAUCGACGAGGAGGUGCGUGAGACUACCGCGAACAUGAAGACGUUCAAGGCGAGCGAUCUCUCCCGGAAGGCCCUCUUGCUCAAGGCCAGGGCCGCCGAGGCGGCAGCGAAUGGUGCAGAGGACGAGGCCAACAACGCCAGGCUUGAGAAGAGGAAGAGGGAGGAGUGGACUGAUAUUGCUAAGCAUCUGUUGGGAUGA